AUGAAGUGGAUCUGCGUUCUGCUAGCGUGCCUGGCGGUCGCCGAGGCCUCCAGGGGGGGUCCGGUGUCGAACGACCUGUGCAGCGAGUGCACAUGGGCUGUGCGGGCGCUCAAGGACCUGAUGUGCGACCCUGGCGUCGAGGGCAACGUGGUGGAUUGGGUCAUUGACAACGUCUGCGCUGCUGCUGGCGACAACAAGCAGUCGUGCGCCGACAUCGUCAACGGCAUCGCGCCGGCGCUGCUCGACUGGCUGCGCCUCGGAACAGACGCGCAGGAGAUGUGCGCAGAGGCUGGCGUGUGCGGCGCGCCGCCGCCGGCCUUCGCCGCCCCGGCCAAGCCCCGCCGCGCCCGUGCGGCGCCCCGCAACGACCUGACCUGCCCCCUCUGCAUGUUUGUGGUCUCCAAGGUCAAAGAGACGCUGUCAGACCCCAUCACCCGCCAAGCCGUGCACGACAAGACGCGCGCCGCGUGCGGCGUCAUGCCGGAGGGCGCGGUGCGGGACGCAUGCAUCCAAUGGGCCGACCAGUACGGGGGCACCCUCGGCCUGACGCGUCGCGGCACCGAGUGA